AACAGGUAAUCAUCAGCCUCUGGUGUCCCUUCCAUGCCGUGAUGUUUAACCUCAUUGUUGUUCUGCUGAUGGCCUGUCACACACGAGCUGUCUUUGCUGAUCCAGGCAUGGUCCCGCUGCCCGAUACCGCCAUCGACUUCUCUGACCUGCGCAGUAACACGCCCCACAAGAAUGAGCGGAGCAAUGAGGACUGGACGGUAUGUAACCGCUGUGAGACGUACCGCCCGCCACGGGCGCACCACUGCCGCAUCUGCCACCGCUGCGUCCGCCGCAUGGAUCACCACUGCCCCUGGAUCAACAACUGCGUUGGCGAGUUAAACCAGAAAUACUUCAUCCAGUUCCUCUUCUACACAGGGCUGGCUAGUCUCUAUGCCAUGGGGCUGGUGCUGACCAGGGGGUUGUGGCCAGUGGACAAGAGCUUCCCUGGGACGAUGGAAGGUGCAGCUGGAGGUGUCUCUAACAGCAAUGUCCAGAUGGCUCACUGCAUCGUUCUGCUGGUGGAGUCCAUCCUCUUUGGGCUCUUCGUCACCGUCAUCUUCUAUGACCAGGUGGUCUCUAUCAUCACGGACGAGACUCCGAUUGAGCAGCUGCGGAACCGGCUGCUGAAGGAGGCGCGCCGGGAGGUGGCGCACACGCGGAAGCCGAAGAUCGCGUUGCUGCGGGAGGUGUUUGGACGGGGCUUUGUGAUCUGCUGGUUUUUCCCCUGUAACUGCAGCCCCCCGUCAGGCGGGACCCCACUACGACGCACCCCCCAAAGAGAGUUGCGGGAGGGAGAGGAGGACGUGGCACAGAUGCGUAAAGGGAGCUCCCGCUUCUGUUGCCCCGUGGGAGGGGCAGCCUGGAGGAUGAACCGAGGGGCAUUUGAAAAUGGAGCAAAUGGGCGCUAG